GCCGCUUUAUUCCAUCUCGCGAACAAAAACUGCUGCAACUACCAAAAAUGUUGUUUCAAUUCAUGACGACGAACACAGCUAUUUACGAGGUCAUGUUAUUAGAGGAAAGAAUCUAUACCCAUUUUCUGCUGCACUAGUGGCUGUGUGGGAUACUCUGGCUAUGAUAUUAGGUGCUAAACCUCGUUAUAACACCGUGGAGUUUAGAGACGUUUACCUGUACGCGAUGCCGCCAAUACACGAGCAGAGACGUCUCCAGCUUAGCGUUACGUUGCAAAGAGGAACUGGUCGUUUUGAGGUUAUGGAUAACAAUAGGCAAGUAGCUCGCGGAUUCAUACUCAAUCAACUCAAGGAGAAUAAGAAAGCAUUUAUUCUGUCCUUCGAAUCUAAAGAGAAGUUAGAAUUCAAAUGUGAAGAUGUUUAUAAGAUGCUGCAAGAGAGAGAUUAUCAGUACAAAGACGAAUUUCGCUCUAUUCACAAAGUUAAUCCAACUUUCACUGAAGCUCAAAUAACGUGGAAUAACAACUGGGUAACAUUUUUAGAUGGUAUUUUACAAUUACAUAUUCUUAGAGGCACAUAUGAUUCUGUUUGCCAGCCUUACCAAUUAAGACGACUCACCAUCGACAUCAAAGAGCAUUUUAAUAAUAAACUUUUGACUACUGAUAAUAAAAGCGUUAUGCUUGCAAAUAUAUUCGUAAAUGACCUUACCACUCGAUGUGGAGGAGUGGUAAUAGAAGACAUUCAAUUACGUAAGUUGCCUGUACACGAUGAAGGGACUGCGGCAUUAAGGAUAUUGAGAUUUAUACCUCGUUUCUUGUCUCAUACUGACAUUUGUACAGCAAUAGAAGUCUACCUACAAAUAGUGUCAGAAAACAUUAAUAAAGAUGCUAUAACAGUCGUGGGACUUUUUGAUUCUCAAAAAUAUUCCAAUGUAUUUGAAGUUAUGAGAGACAUUUAUGAUGAUAUACCUGGACUGAUUGUAAAUUAUGAGGAUGCUACAGGGGAAAAGAUUUUAGAAAUGAGGGACUACUUUUUGACUGAUGUUGAUCUCGUUUUAGUGCAAAAUCUUGCAGCAGAUGAAAACUUACGUCAAAUGCUUUACCAUGUCCUUCCUCGCGACAUAUUCAUUAUAAGCAUCGAAGAACCUAUGGCCAAUGCUCCGCAGUUAACUUUAUACAACGUUGUGUCUACACAAAAUGUUAAUAAUUCAAAAAUAGCUUUGGUGAAGUGGAGACCCGUGGAUACAACAUCGGCCACCACUGUGGUUACAGUGCGGUCUGAAUUAGAAUUGAGUAAUUUAACAGCAACUUGGAUGAAAUUGCCACAGAGACAUAAGCUCGUAAUAGUGUCACCGUAUCCUACAGUACCAGGACUGAAAGACUUUGUAAAGGACAAGAGAAAAGACUUAGAUCAUAAUCAAAUAUUUCUGGUCAUGACGUCAGAAAAGGAAACUCUAUAUCACAUACCUGAAUUGGAAUUGACAUACAGCGUAUUAAAAAAUAGUAUUUGGGGAGGAGAAUACUACAUAAAAUGGCGAGAAAACGUGUCGACCGUGGGAGGGAUUACUCUUCGCAGUGGAGCAAUUGGCAACCUCGAUACUUUGCGCUGGUUCGAACAAGCAGAAUCUACAGAAUCUGGCAUACCAGUGACGGUACAUUAUACAGCUAUAAACAAUCUCGACGUUAAAAAGGCCACAGGCAUAUCAGCAUUAUAUAGCCAAAAUAAAUCAUCUGAUGCUAGUUCUUAUGGCAUGGACUUCAGCGGAGUUACUGAUUG